AUGGGGACGAUGCCGUUGGCCAAUUUGCAAGAAUAUUGGUCGAGGAAUGUCGUCAGUUAUAUUCCUUUCUAUUCGGAUACAUUUACUAGAGAUAGAUUUAGCCAAAUCUUCUGGAUGCUUCACCUGGAAACUAUUCCAACACGCAACACCAAUCCACGAACGCGCCUACAACGCGUAAGCAGCUGCUUUUUGGACUAUGUCACCUCGAAGUUUUUGGAUUAUUUUAUCCCGGGCGAGCACAUAUGUGUGGAUGAGUCCACUAUAAAAUUCAAGGGUCGAAUUUCGUUCAUAACUUACAAUCCGAAGAAACCCACAAAAUGGGGUAUCAGAGUUUAUGCUUUAGCUGACUCAAAGACUGGCUACAUUUGCUGCAUUUUGCCAUAUUACGGGUCACUCACCACAGAGCUCUUGGUGAGACCCGAUUUACCAGUGUCAUCGAGAAUUCCAAUACACUUAUAUCAAAUGUUGUUGGAAAAAAUUCCAGGUGCUCAAGGGCACCAUAUGUAUACGGACCGCUACUACACCAGUUAUUUCUUAGCGCAAGGACUAGCCAAAUUAAAAUGUAAUCUUACCGGAACAAUUUUAACGAACAGGAAAGGAUUGCACAAGGAAAUAAAAAAGCCAAAUUUUUCGAAAAAAUCCACGGUCGCGUAUCGACAGGACAACACCUUAGUUUUAGGAUGGAAAGAUAAGAGGGUUGUCACUUGCUUGACUACGGCGGGUGACACAGGAAUGACGACGGUCAAAAGAAUUACACGAGGAGGUGUGGAUAUAAUGGUCAAGAAACCCAAUAUUGUAUUCAAUUAUAUAAAAAAUAUGGGCGGUGUUGAUCGGGUGGACCAAUAUGCCGUCAACCUAUUGUUUCCUGCGAAAAUCGCUUAA